AUGCCAGCAUCAACAACCAGUGACAACGGGGAUGAGGAUGAUUUCAUCAUUGAUAUUGACGGCAUCCAAGCCCAUGGCGUGGGAGCGGCCGAUAUCACGAAGCUGAAGAUCAACGGCUUCUACACUGUUGCGUCGGUUCACGGAGCCACACGCAAGACCUUGCUGAAAAUCAAGGGAUUCAGCGAAGUAAAAGUCGAGAAAAUCAAAGAAGCCAUCCAAAAGUGUCAGCCCUCCGCCUCUGGGUUCAUUACCGCCAUGGAACUUGGGCAUCAGCGGAAGCGGGUAGUAAAGAUCUCAACCGGUAGCAAGCAGUUCGACUCAAUACUAGGAGGGGGCUUUCAGAGCAUGAGCAUCAGUGAGGUAUAUGGGGAGUUCAGGUGCGGCAAAACGCAGCUUUCACAUACAAUGUCGGUGAUCGCCCAGCUGCCCAAGGACAUGGGCGGUGCAGAAGGGAAGGCGGCCUACAUUGACACAGAGGGCACAUUUCGGCCUGAACGUAUCGCCCAGAUCGCGGAACGGUUUGGUGUUGACCCGGACUCAGCACUGGAGAACAUAGCGUAUGCGCGAGCUCUAAACAGCGAGCACCAGCUAGAGUUGCUUAACACGCUGGCCAAAGAGUUCGCAAGCGGCGAGUACCGACUGCUUAUCAUUGAUAGCAUCAUGAACUGUUUCCGGGUGGACUACUGUGGUCGAGGGGAGCUUGCUGACCGCCAGCAGAAGCUUAACCAAUUCCUGAUGAAGUUGGCUCAUAUGGCAGAGGAGUUCAAUGUCUGCGUCUUGAUGACGAACCAAGUGCAGAGUGACCCAGGCGCGAGUGCUCUAUUUGCAGGAGCCGACGGGAGGAAACCUGUGGGCGGCCACAUCCUGGCCCACGCAUCGACGACUCGAGUUCUACUGCGCAAAGGUCGGGGAGACGAGCGAGUCGCAAAAGUCCAGGACUCCCCGGACUGUCCUGAGCGCGAGGCGACGUAUGUGAUCACCAACGGCGGCAUCAACGACCCUGAGAAGGUGUAA